GUCAAGUGCGGAAUUUAGACGGGAGGAAAGGGAGUACGGGAAUGAGCACGCGAAGCCGAAUGGUCAAGUUGUACAAAGCGAAUUAUAGCUCUCUGUCGCAACGUUUGCGUCGUCAUUGUAUAGCCUCCGUACAGUAUUUUAAGAGGACAAAUCGCACCUGUUUGCACAGACCGUGCACCACACACAUUUUCUUCCUGUGAGACCAAUUCGCUCAAGUUUGCCUCGGCAAGGGGACGAGGCUUUUCAUCAUCAACAUUCGAGCGCAAUAAAUGGAUACUCAUUUCUCUAUUGACGAUUUGGAUAGGCUUACUGGAUGACCUCUGCUCUGUAGUCGGCAUUCUCGUUUUGUGGAGCUGAUUGGACUACCACGUCUCCAGUUGAUAAAGAUAACGGUGAUCGCUACACUGAGGGACGCCUAACCUAAAGAGUGAAGGAAAGUAGCCUACGGCACAACUUAGACCAUAAAAAGUCGUUUGGUUCGCACAGAAGUUAUAACGGGGUAAUUCAUGUUGAUCAACGGAGUACGAUGGGAGCAGCGACACGGGGAGUAGGAAUGGCCAUGGCGCUUUGGGACGGUGCCAAUGGAUUGGGAUUCCUGGUGAUUUUUCUUGUGGAUUUCCUUGGAACUGCGGCGAGUAACCUGGAACCCAUAUACUGGAAUUCUCUGAACAAAAGAUUUGGAGAUGAGAGGGGUUACGUGCUCUAUCCCCAGAUUGGCGACCGCUUGGACCUCAUCUGCCCAGCGUCGAACCCGGCCGGUCCACGGGCCACGUCCGAGUACGAGUACUACAAGCUGUACCUGGUGGCGACCCGCGAGCAGGCCGACCGCUGCGAGGUGAUGGGCCCGCCCAACCUGCUGCUCACCUGCGACAAGCCCAACAGCGAUAUGCGCUUCACCAUCAAGUUCCAGGAGUUCUCGCCCAACCUGUGGGGCCACGAGUUCAAGAGCCUUCAGGACUACUUCAUCAUCUCCACUUCGGAUGGUUCGAGACAGGGUCUGGACAGCAUGCGCGGGGGCGUGUGUGUGACCAGAGGGAUGAAGGUGGUACUGAAAGUAGGCCAGACUCCGUACGGCCUCCCGCCGAAACCUAAAUCAGACCCAGCUCGGCCUAAGAACACAGAUACUGGGGAGAAGGACACCACGGCGUUGAAGGGGACGGAUGGCGAAGGCGACAAAGGCGCGAGCGGCAGCGGCGGCUCCAUGGCGGCCACCAACAUCGCCCUGAUUGCCGGGGGCGUGGGCGGCGGCGCCUUCCUCCUGCUGGUGACGGCCGUCAUCGCCGUGGUGUGCUACCGGCGGCAGCAGGCCAAGCACUCGGAGACGCACCACCCGGCGCUGUCGCUCUCCUCGCUCACGCCCAAGCGGGGCAGCACCAGCGCGGCGGGCGCCACGGCCGGCGGCGCGGGCUCCGGCGGCAACAACAACGGCUCGGAGCCCAGCGACAUCAUCAUCCCGCUGAGGACUUCCGACUCGGCGUACUGCCCGCACUACGAGAAGGUGAGCGGGGACUACGGGCACCCGGUCUACAUCGUGCAGGAGAUGCCGCCCCAGAGCCCCGCCAACAUCUACUACAAAGUAUGAGGAGCGAGGCGCUGCCCCCCAGACAAACAAACAAGCAAACAAGUUCAUAUGAAAGACAGAGACUUUGCCGUGCUACGCUACUGUGGUCUCGUUCUGAGACCCCUUCCCCUGCCCCUCCCUCAACCUUCCACUCCUCGCCUGGCCUCUCUCUCUCUCUCUCUCUGACACACACACACACACAGCCCUAACUCCGAGACUCAUGAACUUGUAGCUUCCCAAACCUAAUCUCUCUCACGGCACCCUGGUGCUCCCCAUGCCACUCCAGCCUCCUAUGAAGACCCUGAUGCCAACGUGGUGCUGCCCACCCUCGCAUGCCCACAGAGGGCACAGUGCCAGUGGAAACAGUGGGCACCAACAGCGUGAGGACUGCCAGAGCAGGGUGUUGGGCAUCUUGGUUUCUUAUCUUGCUCUUUUCACUCCUUCUGGAGUAGACCAGUUUAGACACGUUUAGGUCUCCUGCUGGUUACACAAGGUGUUUUAUGAAACAUUGUAGGGCUGCAGUGAAUCAGAUUUUAAAAGUGUUUUAGAACAAACAAAAAAAAUGUUGGUGUGUGUGGGUGUAUGUGUGUGGCUGUUUAUGUGUGAGUUUGUACCCGUGUGCUUGUGUGUCUGUGUUUUUUUCUGAAAAGGGUGUUUGUUGGAUG